AUGCCUGUGGAGGAGAAACUGCGGGUUGAGCUGAACCUGAAGCGGGAAGAACUGACAGCUGUACAGCAGGCACUGGAGUACAGCAAGGCCAAACUCACGCAGCUCUCGGACAACAUGGGCUGUCUCAGCGACGCACAGCAGACGUGCAAGAAGCAGACAGCAGAACUGGAGAAACUCGGAGCGGCACUUCGCUCUCGAGAGGAGGAGAACCGACUGCUGAGGGAGGAGCUGGGGUCAGCGCUGGGUCAGAGGUCGUGCCCUGAUGGUCAGAGGUCAGAGGCCACACUGGUGAAGGAGAGGAUCUCACUGAAAGCAGAGGUGAGCGACCUGAGGCUGAAGCUGAUGGAUAAAGAAGAGGAGAUGACCCAGGUCCUCGCUACCGCAAAUAGACGGAUGAAGGCCCACGAAGACAACCAACAGAAGGCAGAGACAGAAGUCUGUCGCCUGGACAACAUCAUAGAAGUCAUCAGAAAGACCCUCCACAAGCACAAAGACAUUGUGGGAACGUGUGAUGAACUGACAGAACUUCUACGGGACUUAGACGGGGACGAAAACUCUGAGGAAACCAUCCUUUAUGUAUAAAGCUGUGAGAUUCUAUUGAUAGAUAU